AUGGAUUCUACUCCAUACGCUGAGGCAGCGAGUCUUGUUGAGCUUCUUAAUAGCCAAGAAGACAGUGUCUUCCGUUUAGUAGAUGGCAGUCUCGAACCAAGUUCAUCACAGUUUCCUCUCUUCGGCAGUCAAGCAGUUUCCUCUCCGUUUAGUGAUGCUUCCAGCUUUGGUGUAGAGAAGGGAACAGAGCGUAAAGAAAGAAGAGCCUGGACGCAUUCAGAUGAUGUUGUGCUUAUUUCCGCCUGGUUAAACACGAGCAAAGAUCCUAUAGUAGGGAAUGAGCAAUGUUCGGGUGCUUUCUGGCAGAGGAUUGCGGACUUGUAUGCGGCAAGUCCGAACAUUGCACGCGGUGAGGAGAGACAUAAAAACCAGUGCAAGCACCAUUGGCAGAAGAUCAAUGAUCAAGUUUCCAAGUUCAGUGGGGCAUAUGAAGCUGCAACAAGAGAGAAGACAAGCGGCCAAAAUGAGGUUGAUGUUAUCAAACAUGCUCACGCGAUCUUCCUCAACAACCACAAAAAGAAGUUUACCCUUGAACACGCGUGGAGGGAGCUUCGCUAUGACCAGAAAUGGUGUAGCAUUGAAGGCGGCAACAAAAGGAAGAAGUUUGGUGAUGGUUCUCAUUCAGCAAGCUCAUCUGUUGAUGUAGAUGAUGACAGAAUGAAGCGGCCCCCAGGUGUUAAGGCAGCAAAAGCAGCAGCCCGUGGGAAGAAAAAGCAGAUGGCCGAGGGAAAGGAGGUGUCUGAUUUUCAGACUAUGUGGGAGUUGAAGAAAGAGGACUUGGUUCGCAAGGAGAGAGUAGUGAAGUUGAGGUUACUUGACAAACUCUAUGGAAAGAAAGAACCACUAGAUGAUGAGGAAAGAGAAAUGAAGAAGAAGCUCAUGCUUGAGCUCUAA